AUGUCUCACCUUCAACCCUCGAGUCUAUUCUCCGUCAAAGGACUGGUCGUAGUCCUGACGGGAGGGGGAAGUGGCCUAGGCCGUAUGAUGGCCCACACGCUCGACGCAAACGGCGCAUCCAAGAUUUUCAUAAUUGGCCGCCGGCAAGAAGCCCUGCAAGAAACCAUCACGCAAAGCCCGAACAGCAACAGCAGCGCCAUAAUCCCCAUCCAAGCGGAUGUCUCCUCAAAAGCAUCCCUCGAAGCAGCCUACCAGACUAUCUCGGCACAGACAGAUCACGUUGAUCUCCUCAUCGCUAACAGCGGCAUUAUCGGCCCAAAUGCGAGUCCCCCGCCUCCUAAGCCAGACGGAUCCCUCCCUAGUCUCGCUGAGGUCCGCGAUGCCCUCUGGUCCGUCCCCAUGGACGACUUCAAUAAGGUCCUGGAUGUCAACGUGACCGGUGCUUAUUAUACGGCAUUGGCUUUCCUCCCGCUGCUGGAAGCGGCGAAUAAGCGGCGGCCGGCACCUGUGAAGAAUCAGAUUGCUGCGCCUACUGCGCAAGUUAUUAUUACUACUUCUAUUGCGGGAUUUAAUCGGGAGGUGCCGGUGAGUGCGGCGUAUAAUCUUUCCAAGGCGGCGGCGAAUCAUUUGGUGAAAAUGCUUUCGACAACGUUGGCAUCGUAUGAUAUUCGAGUGAAUGGCAUCGCGCCGGGAAUUUACCUAUCCGAGAUGUCGACGCGGGUUUUUGAGGAAGGUGAUAAGGGGAUCUCAGAUGGGUCGUUUAAGAGGGAGGUCAUUCCUCUUACGAGGGCUGGUGGUGAGGAGGAUAUCGCGGGGCUGAUUCUUUAUAUGGCGAGUGCUGCGGGUGGUUAUUUGAACGGGAAUAUCACCGUUACUGACGGUGGAAGGCUGAAUACAGCGGUGGCAACGUAUUAA